AUGGUUUUUAAGAACAUACAUCUAAUUAUUACUCAUACGGUUACUGAAUCGAUGGGUACUGGUCUGAAGCAACAGCAUGUCCAACGAGAAGAAGAAUCUUCGGAGGGCUUCAAAAAGCAAAACAAUGUCAGCGAUCCAAACACAAUGUCGUCUUCCAUGAUCGAGGAUCCUCAACCAGGACCCAGUAGUCAAACAGGAACCAAGAACAGCAGCACGGACAUAGAUAAGGAUAGAAAGAUACUAUCACGAAGCGCUAGCUUGGGCACGUUUAAUACGGCUGGUAAAGGUUCGUCAAUUGGCGGAACUAGUAGUAGGAUGAAGAGGCACAAGUCUAGACCUCAUUUAAGACGAUUGUCCUCAAUGACUGGAGCGGGAGCCGGCAGCGGUGGAGGUACUAUAUCUACUUCUGGCAACAUUAAUAAUAUCAACAAUAACCUUUCGUCUUGCAAGUUGAUAUACUCUGUAGAUGAUGAUAUCAAUGAAGAAGAAUUGGACGAAGCAGAGGACGUCUUAAAGGAUAACGUUCAAUAUUUAGAAGGGUAUAACGAUGCAUUGAAGUCGCUCUUGCAAAGUCGGAGAAGUGGCGAUGCUGAACCAGCCGGUCCACAUCAUCCUUUGAACAGUGGUACUGAGGGGGCUGUCCUUAUUAAUCUCAAGGAUGCAGAGGAGAAGCUUAAGAGACUAGAGAACCUAGAGCGAAACCCUCCAAGAAUGGUUAGUGAAUUGAUACAUGAAGUUGAAGGUGUCGAAUCUCCUCGUAUGGACCCUUCACCUAUAGGAGGAAGUGGUGGUGGUGUUGGUUCCAGUGCUUCCUUUGGUUCAAGUACUCCUGUUGCUGUAAAAUCUCCUGGAAUCGGUCCUGUUGAUACGCUGGAAGAGAACCAAGGAGGAGAAGAUUUAGACGACAACAACUCUGUUCAUUCCACUUCACUGUCAGCUACUUUGGAGCUGUUGAAUUUGAGAGAAAGACAAGAUGCCAUUAACUCCACUCAUCCAUUCGGUAUUAAGAUCUGGAAACCCUCUUUAUAUAAGAAGAAAAGAUCUGUUGCAGCCAGAGCUGAAGAGGAUAUCCAUGAUUUUGACCCCCAUAAACCGACUAAAAGCAUCUAUUGGGGAGUAUAUUUGACUAACUUUAUUUGGUGUAUAACCUUUGGGUUAUUCCUAAACAUUGUGUGUAUUUUAAGUGCUUUAUUUGUGUUUGUAUUCACUGGGUUUGCUCUUCAACCCAAAUCAAGGGCAUAUGUUCUUGUGUUGCUAAGAUUAGGGGUGUUUUUAAAUCGUCCCUUUGGGAAGUUUGUUCUUUUAAACAAGGACAAACGUUAUAUUGACGAAGACCAGUUUGAAGGACGUUCCAUUACAGAAUUUCAUAUGUGGAGAAUGCAAGAAGAAGGAAGAUUAUUUUAUGCUCCUCCAAGACGUCCAACCAGUUCUGGUGAAACAAGACCUCUAUUGAAAGAUCAUUUAGGUAGAAGCAUCGACAAUCUGUACUCCUCAGCAGAUAUACCACCAACAACAGUGGAUGACGAUGAUGAUGAUAAUCAAGAGUUUGAUAUCAAGGUAAGAUUUUUUGGGAGAGGUAAAUGGUCAAUAGGACGUUUAGUGUUUUACAUUUGGUUCUAUGGAAUCUUGCAACCCAUUAUCAUUCUUGUGAGUCUCUUAUGUUAUCUUUUCGUCUUCACGAUCCCAAUGGCUAAGCUUACUUCUACAAUCUGCUACCAUCUCAGACGUCAUCCACUUGCAUUAGAAUAUGAAAUGGAAAAGAACUACUAUACAAAAUUAGAGGAAAGCAAAAGAAAUAAUAAGAAACUCCAUCAACUGUUGAUUGCUUGUACAUAUAGAUGCUGUGGAUUCCAUUACUAUAAGUACACCAUUGAUGGUACUAACAUUUUCUUUAUCAACUUGCUAUCGAUUGUUAUCCUUGUUAUCUUGGAUCAUUAUUUGUUGAAGGAACACUUUGGCUUGCAAUUGAAGAUCACAGACCCUAUGUUCAUUUUCAGUGGGUGUUUGUUCUCCAUUAUACCUUUAGCAUACUUCAUUGGACAAGCCGUUGCUUCUAUUUCUGCUCAAUCUUCCAUGGGUGUUGGUGCGGUCAUCAAUGCCUUCUUCUCCACUGUUGUUGAGAUCUUCUUAUACUGUGUUGCCUUGGAUCAAUCCAAAGGUAAGUUGGUUGAGGGGUCCAUGAUUGGGUCUAUCUUGGGUGCUGUUUUACUCUUACCAGGGUUAUCUAUGUGUGGAGGUGCAUUCAAACGUAAGACUCAAAGGUAUAACCCCCGUUCGGCUGGUGUUUCUUCCACCAUGUUGUUGUUUGCCAUGGUCAUAAUGUUUGCACCAUCUAUCUUUUAUGAAAUUUAUGGUCUGUAUGAGAUAAGAUGCAGUGGGUGUACUCUGGAAACCAAUGCUGAUAAAUGUGCUAGAUGCAGAUUCUAUCAGCCAACGUUCUCUUAUGAUGAGUUAUAUGAAAGGGUUCUUAAACCAUUCUCUAUUGCUGUGGUUAUAGGUUUAUUUAUUGCCUAUGUAUGCGGGUUAUUCUUUACCUUGAGAACCCAUGCAUCUUUAAUAUGGGCCACACUGCAUGAGCCUGUAACCAAAAAGGAUUCUAUUAAUGAUCCAAUAAGAUCACCAAGUAUUACCAGUAUGGAUACCACUCCUCUUCAAUUAGCUACCGCUCCUGCUGCUACUGCUACUGCUACUACUACAUUGGGAAGACCUUCGAUGAGAAGUCUAGAGCUUCCUCCUUCGGCCAACUUCAAAUCUGGAAUAUUCAAGGAUACCAAAGAAAAUACACCUAUGACAGCCUCAUACACUUCAUCCCUUGCUAAUUCUCCAAUGUUGCAAGGUAUUAAGUCUAGGAACAGAGUCAAGAUUGCUCCUGCAGAGCCAUUACCACAAAAGAAGGAAGAAAACGAUGAGCUAGCCCUGGGCCAUGAUGCACCCAAUUGGUCUAGAAACAAGUCCGUCAUCAUCUUAUUGGGUGCAACGUUAUUAUAUGCCAUCAUUGCAGAAAUCUUAGUGGAUAAUGUGGAUUCUGUGUUGUCUGUGUUCCCUAUCAAUCCCAAGUUCUUAGGUUUAACGGUGUUUGCAUUAGUCCCGAACACCACUGAGUUUCUUAAUGCCAUUCUGUUUGCCAUAGGAGGUAACGUUGCCCUUUCACUUGAGAUUGGAAGUGCUUAUGCUUUACAAGUUGUGUUGAUUCAGAUCCCAGCAUUGGUAUUAUACACUAUUUAUAGUGGGACCCAUCAAGUAGAACAGAUGUUUGCGCUAGUGUUCCCUCGGUGGGACAUUAUAGCCACAUUGAUCUCCAUCUACUUGUUUAUCUAUGUUUAUGCUGAGGGCAAGUCCAACUACUUCAAGGGAGUUAUCUUAAUCUUGAGUUACUGUGUUGUAUUGUUUGGCUUCUUGUUGAACGAUAAGGUUGAAGAGUUGAAUGAUGGGUAUACCAUUUACACUGACCCAAGGGCCAUUGGCUGGAACAGAAAAAUAUCAUAA